GAAGCGAAGUUCGGACGUAGGGUUCCGGGACAUUCCGGCAAGCCACAGUGCACAACAUUAGGGAGCAAAAUGAAAUCCGGUCUAUCGAUAUGAAAGUAGAAACAGUAUACUCUAUGUACAGGAAACAGCAACUUAGCUCUUACUGGAAAUCAACAGCCACCCAACAGCCACAUCCACAUUAAAUGCAGCGCAUGAAGUACUCAACGGUGCGCAGUAGAUACCACAAUGAUUUUGCUUACUCUCUCCACAGAACACGUUCGCAAUACCGUUAUCACCAACGAGCAAGGUCAAAUUGUUUACAAAACAGAGACUCCGUUCAGACUAGCUGGCGUCCGUACUACGACCAUUCUGAAAAUCAAGCCAAAUGACGACCAGUAUCAUAUGCAAGACCAAUUCGAUGUCUUGGGAGAGAUCGAGUGGCAUACGUUUGCUUCUUCAAAGUUUCGUUAUGGUGGAACUGAAGUAGAGACGAAGAAGUUCAUUCCGAAGAGAGGUCUGUUGGGUCGGAAGCGCGUCUUUGUAGGACCAGAUGGCUGUUCUUAUCGCUGGGAUCUCCAGUACAGAGUUGUAGUUCUCUCACGGGACGAUGCAUCUCGAACGGAGGUCGCCCGCUUUCAUAGAGCGACUCUCGGAAUUGUAGGAAGGAAACGUAAAGCCACGCUGGAAGUAUCGCCUGAAGUGGCUCAUAUGAUGGACACUGUCAUCAUGACAUUCACCUAUGUCGAGAAACUCAGAAAGGACAAAGAAGAGGCCUCGAGAAAUGCCGCAGCCUCGGGUGGUCCAUCAUGAUGAAAUAGGGUCGAGGAGCCUGGGUGCUGUGUUAUGAUUGAUGCCCUGUAUGAUAAGUGGCUUUUUCUUACAAGUACUGAUGAUUAUGGUCUGCGGUAAGGUGACGAAAUUCUGGCCAAGUCUGGGCGGUAGGUCUGUUUUUAUCUGCACACUCCGGAGGGUGUAGUGAUAUGAUACAGCU